CCUAUCGUGAUUUGCCUCCGCACCAUUUGAUGUUGGACGUUGACGUCGCUUCCUGACUGUUCGGUUUAAACUGUUCCUGGCAGACUUUGAAGGCGCUCUUUGCUCAUAUACUGUGCUGUCCCUCCUUGCUUUCUCCCUGCUUUCAUUCCUUCCCAAAGGCACGUCGGCGGACAUGGCGACAAUCUGGGCACGACUUCGGGGCAAACAAGAAGAUAUUAGCCCGGCUAGCUCACCUUCAGAAGAGACAGGAAAGGAGUCUACGGAUCGUGAUGUACCAAGCUCAGAGGAAAAGAAUGAGGAGGUGGUGGAUCCCGGGACGGCGAAGAACCCUGAGCUGAACCCGGGAGAGCUCAGCUUCGAAGAAGACACCGCCGGUGGCAUGGGUCGUCACCUUGGCGUCACCUCAUGCACGCUCCUCAUCGUCGGCCGCAUCAUCGGCACCGGCAUCUUCUCAACGCCGUCCUCCAUUCUGACGGGCGUGGGCUCGAUCGGUGCAUCGCUCAUGCUCUGGCUGCUUGGCUUCCUCCUCGCGUUCUGCGGGUUGUUCAUCUGGCUCGAGUUUGGUACCAUGUUCCCGCGCAGUGGAGGGGAGAAGGUGUACUUGGAGGUAGUGUACCCAAGACCGAAGAUGCUGGCGACGGUGCUCUACGCGUCGUACGUGAUUGUGCUGGGGUUCAGUACUGGCGGAUGCAUUGUGUUCGCAAGCAACAUUCUUGUAGCAGCCGGAGCGACCGUGAACCAGUGGGCUGAGCGUGGUAUUGCGCUUGGAGCUAUCUUCCUUGUAUUCUUUCUCCAUGGCUUUACGCCGAGGCUUGGUGUAUGGGUCAUGAACGCUCUUACGAUCUUCAAAAUCACCAUCCUCGUCUUCGUCGUUAUCACGGGCUGGGUAGUCCUUAGUGGCCACACUCGCUUGGGAAACACGCGCAGCAACUUUAGCAAUUCUUUUGUUGGGAGCUCAACAAGCAGUAACGAUUAUGCGACCGCCAUGUUGAAAAUCCUGAACUCAUAUACCGGGUGGUCGAACGUAAACUAUGUGAUGAACAACGUCAAGAACCCAGUGCGCACGCUAUCCAUCGCUGGCCCUCUGGGGCUCGGAAUCUGCGCGGUACUGUACAUGCUCGCGAACAUCGCGUAUUUCAGCGCUGCUACAAAGGAAGAGAUUGAAAACGGGGGUGUCACCAUCGCAGCUCUCUUUUUUGGCAAAGUGUUUGGCGACAAUGCUGAGCGUGCGUUAGCGGUGUUUGCUGGGUUAAGUGCUUUGGGGACGUCAUUUACGAUGGCCUUCGCUCAAUCUCGCGUCAACCAAGAGCUCGCAAAGGAAGGUAUCCCUCUUCCGUUCGGAAACAAAUUCUGGGCCUCCAACUGGCCAACGGGGAAAACGCCUGUUCCGGGACUGAUCAUCCACUUAAUCUUCACCGUUAUCGUCAUCCUCGCUCCGCCGCUCAGUGUCGCCUAUCCGUUCAUUCUUGAUAUUCAAGAAUAUCCGCAACAGAUUGUCAAUUGCUUUAUUGUCUUUGGCCUGUUUUACCUUCGUUGGACGAAGCCAGAAGCCGUCCGCCCCUUCAAAGUGUGGUGGCCUCUCGCCAUUUUCUUCGCAGCGGCGUCGGUCUUCCUCCUCAUCGCGCCUUUCUUGCGACCGCCUGGCGGCGUCGGCGACACACCGCCGCUUCCCUACUAUCUGUACUGUCUGGUGGCCGUUUGCAUCAUCGUGGGCGGCGCAGUUGUAUGGGCCAUGUGGUGGGUCGUUCUGCCGUGGCUGUUCAGAUACGAGCUUGUCAAGUCCAAGGAGAGGCUCCCAGACGGCACGGUUGCUGCGCAGUACACGCGUAAGAAAAAGGAGUGAGACAAUCUGGGACGCUUGUAACCUAAUGUUACAGUUUAACUUGUAUAUACCAUCGCGGACUUAAUUCCCGUAAUUUUCUGUUCUGCAUGAUGUUGUAA